AUUUUUUUUGCGCGGAACGUUCGUGAUAUUCACUUUGCAAUUCUUAGCCCAUCCCAUCUGAUCAAGAGCGUAAAUGUUUGUGUUCGUUUGGGCGCGAGAGUUACAUUAAUUUGAAAUAUCGCAGAUGCAUGUGAUUUGAUAAUUUAAUACGGGAUUGAACUAGGAUUUAAAUUUUGAAAAUAUCGUUGAGAGUAUUAACCAAAUGGAUGAGGUUUAAUUUCAUCUAAACACAUAUAAUUUAAAUUCUUCUCUGCAUCCUGUAAUUCUUCCUGUCUUCUGGUAAAUAGUUGUGAAUGGGCAGAUUUGAAGUUUAAAAAUGAUUGAAACCAAUGAUGUGCGUCAGUCUCUAGUACUACUAUAUAAAGGAUUUCUGCUUCGAAAGAGGCAUUACAUAGUCACAACCAUUUUUGAAAUUGUUCUCCCUGUCUUCAUUGCCAGUAUUCCUGCCAUAAUACAAUCAGAACUACACUCUGAUUAUGCAGAUGAUGUCCAAGGUCCACAACAGAUGAAUGUAUCAACAUUUCCUCCAUUUGAACCAUUUGAAUUCAAAGGCUAUGUUAGAAAAGAUCUUAAGAUGGAAUUUGUGUAUACGCCAUCAAAUGAAGUCUCUCAGAAACUUAUGACUGCUGCAGUUUCUUUGUGGGAUCAGAAAGCAAAUACGUCUUUCAAUAUAACUUUAAAAGGGGUGGACAGGGAAGAUGAAAUGGAAACAUAUUGCCUUUACAAGCUGAGAUCCUCUAGUCGUCAAAUUAUGAUAGGCACAGUCUUUCAAAAUUUCAUUUCAAAGAAGGGGCAGCUACCAUCAUCAUUAGAGUACAAGAUACGCUAUGGAGAUUCUGAUCGUUUUGAUGACCUGACCUUCUAUACUGAGAAGAAAUAUCGUGUAAAUGGGCCACAGAAAUACAAUGGAUUUCCAUGCUUUAUAUGCUUCCUGGAAGUCUGUCACAGGGUUGUCCUUUAGUAACCUCGCCGUAGCCACCUUGAUCUUCUCCAGGGUCCCCAAAUGCUGUCCUUUGAAGGAUUUUUUAAUCUUCUGGAACAAAAAGAAGUCAGGCAUGGACAAACCAGUGUUGCAACGCAAAAAUCUCUGACAGCGUUUUCUCAAGUUUGAAGCAAAACUUUAUUGUGUAUCGCUGCUCAAGAGUGUUUUUCAUCUUGAUUGUGACAGAGCACUCACACAAGGGUUCAAUGAAACAGGCACCGUGACUCUCCAGGAACUCGGAGCCGACUUGCACUGGUCGCGUUGUGUUCCCAAGACUCCACCCACCCUUCUGUGCAAGCGGCAGAAGGAAAUGGGGCACGCUACUUUUGGGACUUGUAUAAAGCUUUUCAAAACAAAUACAGAAUUUUAAGCAAUGAAAGAAAAGAGAAAACUUAAUACUAAAAGAGAAUUUCUUCACUUGGCUUAUUUCUUAAGAGUAUUUGUACAAAAAUAAAUUAUUUUGAAAUUAUUUGUGUAAAACUGUAACUAGGGAAAAAGGAAUAAAACUCAUAUUAAUUUUAUUUAUUGUUUUUUAAAAUCUAUUAUGGGUUUUAUUUUACAGAUUACACUAAUACAUAUUUCUUGGGAUGGCAAGCUGCUGUGCAGGAGACAUUUAUCCAUCAGAAGAUGCAAGAAAAAGGGAUAAAAGAUAUCAGAUACAAGGCUAGUUGUUCAUUUCUGUAUAACCUUUACUAAUCUUUAAAAUUUUAUCAGGUAUUAGUUGAUGCAUUGCCUUUUUUAUUGUCUGAUAUGGUUUCAUUUCGUAAUUUUUCAUCUUUUAUUAUCACUGCUGUUUAAUUUUUGUGUUACUAAAUGCCUGUAAUUUUGUAUAAUCAUUAAUAACACACACACACACACACACACAACAAAAAAAAAAAAAAAAAAAAAAAAAAGGCAUAAGAUUAAUCACCUUUAUUCUAUGCCUUUUCAUAUAGGAGUAAAAGCAAGUAUUGACAAUAAGUAAUACAGUGAAAAUCAUUUAACACGAAACUGAGGGGGCUGAAAUAUUGUUUUUGUGUUAAAAGAAUAUUGAAAAAAAAAAAAAAAAAAAAAAAAAAA